AUGCCGAGAUUUGAGAAUGUGAAAAACUGUGUCAAACUUAUGCUUCUUACUAUUUCUGAAGAUUUAAAUGUGAAAAGUAAUGUGUCCUAUUCUUUUAUCAGAAGUAUUGCUGGAUCCCCUCCAGAAACAAUCAUUGUUAACCAGUUCCUUGACUAUCCUUCCAUAAAGAUUUUAUACAUGCCCAAGUAUAGGCAUUCUGCACCUUGUCAUGUAUCUUUCUACCUAAUAGCAUAUACCGUGGAGCGCGUCGUGCUGGCCGUCUCGGCGCUGCGCUUGUGCCGCGCGCACCAGAGCCCCAAGGCGGGCUGCGUGGGGCUGUGCGCGCAGCUGCACCUCUGCAAGUUCUUGGUCUACGGGGCCUGCAAGUUCAUGAGGGCCGGGAAGAACUGUAGAAACAGUCACAGCUUGACGACAGAUCACAACCUGAGUGUGCUGAGAACUCACGGUGUUGACCACCUCAGCUACAGUGAGCUCUGCCAGCUUUUGUUUCAGAAUGACCCCUGGCUUUUGCCAGAGAUCUGUCUUCAUUAUAACAAAGGAGAUGGACCAUACGGCUCUUGUUCCUUUCAAAAGCAGUGUAUCAAACUCCAUAUUUGCCAGUAUUUUUUACAGGGCGAAUGCAAGUUUGGCACUAGCUGUAAGAGAUCACAUGAUAUCUCUAAUGCUGAGAAUCUGGAAAAACUGGAGAAGCUGGGCAUGAGCUCAGAUCUGGUGAGCAGGCUGCCUUCCAUUUACAGAAAUGCUCAUGACAUCAAGAAUAAGAACUCCACCCCCAGCAGAGGGCACCCUCCUACCCCGGGCCCACAGGGGACUUCUGAAAGAAGAGAUAGUUCAGGUUCUGUGUCCCCAAACACAGCUAACCAAGAGGAGAGUGAUCAGAUCUGCUUGUACCAUAUCCGAAAAAGUUGUAGCUUUCAAGUCUUUAAAAGCCACCCAAGCAAUUCAGGACUACUUUCACUUUGUAAAAGAGUCCAAUAAUACAGAGUAAAGUCUGAAGCCCUCCUUCAGCCUUCCCCAAAGGUAAACACGUGCUGUGUGGUCAUGAUGCUUGUUUUGCAUAUUUUUCAACAGAUGGGUACAUGUGAUAGGUACUCCUUAACGUGCUUUCUUUACUUAACAUUGUGUCUUGGGGAUUUUUUUCCACCUUAGUGUGUGUAAGUCCACCUUAUUUUUAAAAGCAACUGUAGUAUCCAGUUAGAGUGAUAUUCCACUGAGCAUCUGAGUACGCAUGUGUAUUUCCAUACCUCGGUUCCUGGAAGCUGGAAUGCUAGC